AUGAAGUUCGAGAUUGAGGACGUGACCGUGUACUUCCCCUACGACAACAUCUACCCGGAGCAAUACUCUUACAUGGUGGAGCUCAAGCGCGCCCUCGACGCCAAGGGUCACUGUCUCCUGGAGAUGCCCACUGGCACCGGCAAAACCAUCGCGCUCCUCUCCCUCAUCACCAGCUACGUCCUCUCCAAGCCCAAUUCCCCGCUCAAGCUCCUCUACUGUACGCGCACCGUCCACGAGAUGGAGAAGACGCUCGCCGAGCUCCGCCUCCUCCACGACUACCAGCUUCAGCACCUCGGUCCCGCCGCCCGGAUCCUCGCCCUCGGAUUGUCCUCCCGGAAGAAUCUCUGCGUCAAUUCAAGAGUUCUCGCGGCUGAAAAUCGUGACUCCGUGGAUGCUGGUUGUCGGAAGCUGACCGCCUCCUGGGUCCGGGCGCUCGCUGCCGAGAACCCAGCUGUGCCGUCGUGCGAGUUCUUCGAGCAGUAUGAGAGGGCGGGGUCGUCCGCGGUUCUACCUCCCGGGGUUUACACUCUGCAGGUUGGCGUUUUGGUUUUGGUGUUAGUCGCCUGA